AUGAGCACUUAUCUUCGAGAAGCUAAUCGGGCCGAGUCCGCCGUGCUCUUCGCAAAGGCGCCACAAGUGGUGCCAAAUUUGGCUCAAGAGGAGGGCGCACUCCGAACGCGCCGCGGGCCGCGCCCGCCGCCUCGGUGCGCCCGCCGCCUCGCCGCGCUCUGCUGGUCACCGCGUCGAGGAUGGAGAUUUUCUCGGCGACGCCGUCGCCCCGCUCGCGGCACCGUGCGCAGGGGGCUUGGCCGCCGUCGGCCUGGGCCGUGGCGGAGGGACAGGGAGGCCGGCCGCAGGCGGCUGACCGCUCGCAUUGGGCGGCCAGCCCUGCGCCCGUGGCUGCGGAGGGCGAGCCCGACCUGGUCACCGCAGGGGACCGCGCGCAGUGGGCGGCGUACCUGGCAGAUCCCCGCCAGCCGUUGCCUGGCCGCGAGCCCACGCGGUCGAGGCCGCGCCCCGCGGCAGUGCCGCCGCCGGCGGCGCCCCCGCCCCGCGCGGAGCAGUUGUACCCGCCAGUCCAGUCUGGGGGCGCAAGCAGCAGCAGCGCGUGCAGCAGCAGUCCCUUCCUGCAUCCGCAGCGGCCGCCGCGGAGCUCCGAAGGCCCGACGCUGCCCUCGUCCGCGCCCGCCGCCCCCUCUGGCGGCCCCGGCCGCUCCCCGCGGCCGCCCGGGGGAGCUGUGGCGACGCUGGGGAGGAGAGAGGCGUCACCGUUCCUGCACGGUGCCACCAAGCUUGGCGACGGCCACGACGAGGCGCACCUGCCACAGGCACCUGCUCAGAUCGACGGAGUCGAGGGCGACAACUUCAUGAGGGAUUUGAUGAAGGGUCUGGACCCUGCUCUGGCAGAGGAGAUCUCCCGGAAUGUCGACCAGCGGGUGAGAUCCGAGGCGGCCAAGUCUGAGGCACAGCAUGCCCUCGAGGACCGCGAGAACGCCAACCUCAGGCAGUGCGUCGAGGCGCUGCGGCUGGACAAGAGGCGGCUCCAGGCGCAGCAGGCGGACCUCGAGGGGCGGCUGCGGUCCCUGGAGCACCAGAACGAGCAGUACCGGAAGUUCUGUGAGCAUCCGCAGGUUGGCGGGGCGACGAUGGGAGCCGAGCUGCGGAGCGCGCAGGAGGCGCUCAGCGCGGUCCAGAUGAUCACCGCUGCGCUCAACGCGCGGAACCUGGAGCUACAGAGGCGGCUGCAGGCCGUGACGUCCGCAGAGGAGGGGGUCCAGCGGAAGGACCUGUGCGUCGUGUGCCUGGAGAACUUGCCCAACGUCGUCUGCCUGCCAUGCAGGCACAUGUGCGUGUGCAGCUUCUGCGGCGGCGGCGCGCGCGGCCUGUCCAGUUGCCCGAUGUGCCGCGGCGUCGUGGAGGAGACGCUGCAGGUGUUCAUGCCCUGAGCCAGGAGCCUCUGGCAUCUUUGGCAGGGAGUGCGCGCGAGAACGCUUUGGUUUGCAGGAUAUGUCAGCGCUCAUUGUAGCGCUGUGUUAAUUGCUUCAUAGUCCAGGUUGGGCUGGAAUUAGCCUUUUCUGGUUGUUGCCAAUCUGCGCUUUUUCAGCGCAUUGGCUCAGGGCUGCUGCUACAGUGUUGACCCAGCGAUGUUUGUGAUGGGAUAGUUGAGGCGUUGCCGCGUGUUGGGGGGUGGGGCAAA